AUGCGACAACAAUCUCGUCUCGAUGGGGACUAUAGUGCUGCAGAACAAGAACGAAACACGGAUGAACGUCGGCAAGCUCGCCUGGAUCCGGAAUACCGCGCUGCUGAACAAGGACGAAAUACAGCUGGGCAUCGACGAGCUCGCCUGGAUCCGGGCUAUGUUGCAGAAGAACAAGAGCGAAACACAGCCGGACGUCGUCGAGCUCGCCUGGAUCCGGGCUAUGUUGCAGAGGAACAGGAGCGAAACACGGUCGGACAUCGUCGAGCUCGCCUGGAUCCGGGCUAUGUUGCUGAAGAACAAGAGCGAAACACGGCCGGGCGUCGUCGAGCUCGUAUGGAUCUGGGCUAUGUUGCAGAGGAACAGGAGCGAAACACGGCCGGACGUCGUCGAGCUCGUCUGGAUCCGGGCUAUGUUGCAGAGGAACAGGAGCGAAACACGGUCGAACAUCGUCGAGCUCGCCUGGAUCCGGGUUAUGCUACUGAAGAACAAGAGCGAAACACGGCCAGACGUCGUGGAGCUCGUAUGGAUCCGGGCUAUGUUGCAGAGGAACAGGAGCGAAACACAGCCGGGCGUCUUCGAGCUCGUCUGGAUCCGAGUUAUGUUGAGGAAGAACAGCGAAACACAGCCGGACGUCGUCGAGCUCGCCUGGAUCCGGGCUAUGUUGCAGAAGAACAGGAGCGAAACACGGUCGGACAUCGUCGAGCUCGCCUGGAUCCGAGCUAUGUUGCUGAAGAACAAGAUCGAAACACGGCCGGACGUCGUCGAGCUCGUCUGGAUCCGAAUACCGUUGCUGAGGAACAAGGCCGAAAUACAGCGGGACGUCGUCGAGCUCGUCUGGAUCCGGGCAUCGUUGCUGAAGAACAAGAGCGAAACACGGCCGGACGUCGUCAAGCUCGCUUAGAUCCAGACUACAGCGCAGCUGAACUGAGAGGAAUGCUGAACAACACCGAGUAA